CAAGUUGCUGAAAUGUUUGUGAAAAGUUGGUGUAAUAUAAUAAGAUUUAUGUUUUGCUGAUUCUUCCUUUCAGAUAGUGAUGGACAACAAGGCUCACAGUGGAAAAGUGAAGAUCUGGUUGGAAAACAAGGCGAUGAUGAGGGAAUGUAAAGACCCAAGUGUCUCUGGCCAUGCUGAGAGUUUCACGCGUGUGACGUUCGACGUGAUCGUUUGUCUGAUGUGCCUGCUGUCUCUGCUCCUAUGUGGACGCUCCCUGCUGCGAGGCAUCAUCCUGCAGCAGGAGUUUGUUAAGUACUUCAAGGAUACUCUGGAUCGUAAAGUGUGCUGGGCGGAUCGGCUUGAGUUUAUCAACGGCUGGUAUAUUCUUCUCAUCAUCAGCGACAUCUUCACCAUCACAGGCAGCAUCAUCAAAAUCUGCAUCGAAUCAAAGACUACGUCGUCCUAUGACAUCUGUGCCAUCCUGCUGGGGACCUCCACCCUUUUGGUGUGGGUGGGAGUCAUUCGCUACCUCACGUUUUUCCAAAAGUACAACAUCCUCAUCAUCACACUUCGAGUUGCGUUCCCCAAUGUGAUUCGCUUCUGCUGCUGCGUAGCCGUCAUCUAUCUGGGUUACUGCUUCUGUGGCUGGAUCGUGCUCGGACCGUACCACGUCAAGUUUCGCUCUCUGUCGAUGGUGUCGGAGUGCCUGUUCUCCCUCAUUAAUGGGGACGACAUGUUUGUGACGUUCUCGGAGAUGCAGGAGAGCAGCACUCUGGUUUGGGCGUUCAGCCAGAUCUACCUCUACACCUUCAUCUCCCUGUUCAUCUACAUGGUCCUGUCUCUGUUCAUCGCUCUCAUCACUGGAGCCUACGAGACCAUUAAGCACCAAACCCAGGAACCGAUCCACAUCACAGACCUGCACGCCUUCAUAGCCGAGUGUACAGAUGCACCAACGUCUGGCAAGUUCAGGGGAGUGGAGACGUCUCCCUGCUCCUUCUUCUGCUGCUGUGACAGAACAACAACAUAUGAAGACGUCCUGCUGGUGAACUGAGGAUGAACUUAUUAAGCUGAGUGCUCACCAGCCCCCCCUGCUGUCCAGCCGUGUGUAUUGCACACAUGUGGGCCAAACAGUCGGUACUGAAGGAGGAGUCUGGAUCUACUGAAGGAUCUACUCUCUUCCUGCUGGCACUUUGUGUUUGUUGAGAACUGAAGGACUGAACCUUUCUAAAUGAGCAUUACAGUGUAGCAUCGCUGACGACUACUGCACAAACAUUUCUGUUAGUUUUUAUUGUUUUUAGAACAAAAGUCAGUAUUUUUUUCUCUGUGAUUCUGCAUUGCUGAUACAGAAGCAGCACAAACUGCUGGUGCAGAAAUGUUACGGAAACUGUUUUUUUAUGUUCCUUUACUUGAUUUUUUUAAAUAUAUAUAUUUUAGAAAAUGUCAGAUUGAAGACAAUAACAGGUCCAGUUUUAUUUUGUAAAAUUCAUGAGAUGUAUAACUAAAAUGAAGACAACAAAGCUUCUGUGUAGAAGCUUUAUUUCUUAUGAAUUAUGAUCAGAAUGAUGCAGAUUCAGUAUAAUUUUUCUACAGCAUUUCCUGUUGCAGGACAGUGUGUGUACCAUGUGUUGCAGACACACUCACUCCACAGUCAGACUGUGUUGCAGUUGGUUUGUCCUCCAAAGCACUCCAAAGUGUGCACUUUUCUUUUAAAUGAUGCCAAAACACUAUGGAGACUGUGAUACUCCAUUAUAUGUAAGUUAAAAUGUUUGCAAAUCCCCUCCACCCUCAUCGCUGUAGAGAGAGAGACAACACUGAUGGCCAUUAAGAAAUCGGAUCUGACUUGAGUAGCCGGACUCUGGUUAGGAAACAAUGAUGAAAAACGAUGGCUAAUAAUGGCUUCUCAUUGUGACUCAGUUCUUUCCCGUUAACAUAAAGCUGUCUUGUCUAAAACAGUUGCUCUGUUGGAGUCCUGAACUAACAAGAUUUCUUUUUUUCUUGUACGCACAAAAGUUUGAAGAGUCUCAGGAUGAAGACUCCUGGUCCAAAAAAAGGACUGAAGUGUUUCCUCUCGUGUUCAACAUAUCAGCUGAAUCAUUUUUUAAGUUAAUUGUGCUGUACUAUAAUAGAUUUUAAAAGUGCCUGUUUUAUCAGUGACUUUAAAUUAAGGCUCCAUUACUGUCUUAUUGCUAAGAAGUGUUUCUGCUUGACUUCAGUGUUUUAUGUUGAGUUUUGGUGUUGAUGUGCCUGUACUGUACCUCAGAUAAACACUGUGUGAAUUGAUGUUCAGUCAUCUGCUUUGUGUCAUUUACAGUAUCUAUUGAUCACCGUUCAGUUCCUCAAUUAUGAAUUAAACUUUCUGGGUCACCUGUGA